UUGGAGUGCGUAAUUUAGUAAUUUAAAGAACUGAUGCUCAGCACAUGAGAAGUGAAAAAGCAAAUCCAACGCUUAUUCUCACAAUGGCCUUAACUAUGGGUGAAAGUCAGCUGCAACGGAUUAUAAAAGAUUUGCAAGAUGCUGUAUCGGAAUUAGGCAAAGAAUUUAAAGAAAUGGGAGAUCCAAUCACUGAUGACAGCACAAACUUACAUAAGUUUUUCUACAGGUUGGAGUAUCUGCUGCAGUUUGACCUCAAGGAAAAGUCAACACUUUUAGGGAAUAAAAAAGACUAUUGGGAUUACUUUUGUGACUGCCUUGCUAAAGUGAAAGGAGCAAAUGAUGGAAUUCGUUUUGUAAAAUCUACUCCUGAGUUGAAGACUUCCUUAGGAAAGGGACGUGCUUUCUUAAGAUAUUCUUUGGUUCACCAGAGACUGGCAGACACCUUGCAACAGUGUUUUAUGAAUGAUGGAGUUACCAGGGACUGGUACUAUGCAAGAAGUCCUUUCCUGAAAAGUAAAACAUGUUUGGAAAUUGUUGGUUACUUGUAUGAACUUACUGAAGUACAGUUUGACCUUGCAUCUAGAGGCUACGACUUAGAUGCUUCAUGGCCAAUGUUUGCCAGGAGGACAGUGAUGUCAUCAGGUUCUUCUUCGUACUUAUGGAGAUCACCAAGUCGCAGUUCCAGUAUGAGCAGCCUGCUGAGCACUAACUUUCAGAAUCAAGAGUUUCCAUCAAAUCUUGAACCAAAUAACUCUCUAAAUGUUGAACCACUGGACAGCUUGGAUGAAAUGCGCAUUGAAUUAGAUGAAACUGAAAGAAGAACUAGAGAACUAGAAAGCCAUGUUAAGCAGCUUGUGAAGGAAAAUCAAGACCUACACAACUCAUUGCAGCUCCAGCUGGAAAUGUCAAAGGAAGAAAGAGAAGCUAACAACAGUAUUGUAAAAGGAACUGAAUAUUUAAUAAAGAUGAUAAAGGAGUUACAGCAACAACAUGCAUUUUCUCAGUCCACUCUAAGCAUUGUUCAGGAGUUACAAAUGUGCCUCUCUACGUUCAAAUCAGGUGAACGUGAGAGAGAAAAGAGAAAACCGCAAAAAGGGUGCCCAAAGGAAAUAAUGCAAUUGCAAUCUCCUCUGCAGGAGCUAGAAGAAUAUAAUACAUCAGUUAGUGCAAGUAAUGCCAAUGAUGUACAUGAUGUACAAGGAAAUAGUGAUUUAUCUGAGCAGUAUAAUAGCAUCAUUCCAAGAAAAAAAUGUUUUUUUAAGGAUGAAAGCAAUAAAGAUAUAUAUUUUCAGAAUGAGCAAAGAUUUCAAACAGACAAUGCAUUAGAGAACAUUCAUGAAUAUCGACAUGAGAACCAAACACUAUCAACUUUUAAAGAAAACCUUAAAAAAUCAGAGGGAAAGUAUGAAUCAAAUGUACAAGGACACACAAAGCACUUAACAGUUAUGGAAGUAAUGGACAGCCUCUUAAAAAGUGACUUUGAGACUGCACCUCCAGUUUUUGAAGAAGACCGAGAUUUUUUGUUAAAGCGCAUAGCUUCACUUGAGUCGUCUCUAGCUGAAGUACUAGAAGAAUAUAAGAAGUUGAACGAAGAAUGCAGUUUGAAAGAAGAAACACAUCAGCAAAAUGACAAGAUAAAAACACAACAGUUGCAUAUUCUGGAACAACAGUUGACAGAGAUGUCACAAACUCUUUGCGUUAAUAAAAAAGAAAAUAGUCUGCUGACAGAAGAUAGAAAUCUUCUUGCUAGAACUAUAGAGAAUUUGGAAGAGCAAACCACAAAGCAAAAUUUACUAAUUAAAGAUUUGACUGAAAAAAACAAUAAUUUACUUUUCCAUAAUAAAAAACUCAAUGAAGCCGAGGCAGUGCUUCAACAUGAGAACACAAAACUUCAACAAACAUUACAUUUGUUGGAAGCACAGAAGGAAGCAUUUUGCGAAUCAGAAAAAAGUUUGCGUAACCUGCUGGAUACAGCUCUAGUAUCAGUGGAUGAGAAGGAGAAGAAGGUUUUAGAAUUGAAUAAAGAAUUUGAUGAAAGCUUGCAUAUUUAUAGGAAACUAUGUUUAGAAAAAGAUGAAAAAUAUAAUACUUUAGAAAACUGUUUCAAAGAAAUGCAGGGUCAAGAACAGGAAAAAAAAAGCUAUUUUUCAUUAUUACAAACUGAACAUAACAAUGCAAUUGUUCUAAUUGAACAGCUGGAGAAGAGUAUUGCAUCACUCAAAGAAAAAUCAUUAAAUGUAGAAUUACAUAACAAGUGUAUGUGCCAGGAAGCCGUGGACAAGUUUUAUGAUUUAGCGAAUAAAAUGGAGAUAUGUGCAAAACAGUCUCACAAAAUUGAUGAAUCUGUGAUGGUAGAAAAGAGUAAUCUAGAACAAAAGUCCCCCCUUGAAAAAAAUGCAGAAGACAUAACAAAUAGAAUGACUAUGAUAGAAAAACAACUACAGCUUAGUUUUGAUGAAAUGAAAAGGCUGCAGAAGGAGACAAGAGAAGACAGGGUUAUGCUUAAUCGGACUAACGAGGACAAAGUCAGUGCUCUGGAGAAACUUGCUGUGACAGAGGCAAUGUUAAGUGAGAACCAGAGCCAAGUUCAGCAGUUGAAAAAACACAUUGAACAGUUGAAUGUUGGUCAUAUGGAAGAGGUGAUGAAAUUUAACGAAAGAGAGGAACGAUUAAUAGAGGAGAAAGAAAAAAUGUCCAUUCAAAAAUCACAUUUGGAAGAAAAAUACUCUUGUAUGAAGGUUGAAUUUGCUCAAGUAGAAAAACAGGCAGAGAAAACCAGAGUAGAGCAUUCUGAAACCAAAGAAAAACUUAAAAACGCAAAUGCAGAUAUAACUACACUUAAUGCUCAAUGUUUUAGUUUGACUAAAGAGAAUGGAAAUCUGUAUUCUGAUAUAGCUGCUCUGGAGCUCAGUAAGCUUGCUUUGGAAGAGAAGCUGAAGAAUCAUGAGGCGUCUCUUUCAACUGUGAUGGUUCUUCAAGAAAAACUGUUAGAGACAGAAAACAAAUUGAAAUCUACUCACGGAAGUAGCCAAGAGGAAAUUUCAACAAUGAAAUUUCAUUAUAGCACAGAAAUACUAAAUUACCAGACAAGAGUUAAGGCUAUUACUGAAGAAUGUGAAAGUUUGAAACAGCAACUAGAAAAAGAAAAGCACAUUCACUUGGAAUUGCAGCAAGAGAUAUCUCGGAUUGAGAAUGUAGAAUCAGAACAGAACAAGAAACUGACAGAUGAAUUGAAAAUUCGAACUGAUUUUGAAUCUAUAAUCACUAAAUAUGAAGAGAAUGCAAAAAUACUAAUGGAAUCCCUUGCAAGAAAAGAAGAUGAGCUGGAAACUGCAAACAAAGAAGCCAAGGAACAGUUCAGGGAACUGUGCAAUAUAAAAAAAGAAAAAGAAAGCAAUGAACAAAAAAUGAUAGCCAAUAUUGAUGAUCUUAAUAAAACCAAACAAUAUCUUGAGGAACGUUUGAUAGAACUCAUAAGGGACAAAGAUGCUCUUUGGCAGAAAUCUGACGCACUUGAAUUUGAGCAAAAGAUUCGUGCAUCAGAACGGUGGAUGGGUGAUAUGGAGGUGAAUCAAUGUCUUGCCUGCAAAAAACAUUUCAACUGGAUGGUACGACGUCACCAUUGCCGCUUAUGCGGACGCAUAUUCUGCUACUACUGCUGCAACAAUUAUGUAAUGACAAAGCACAGUGGCAAAAAGGAAAGAUGCUGUCAGGCUUGUUAUAAGAAAGAUGAAAUUAGCAAUGCUUGUGAUUCAGGAGACAGCACUCGGCAAGAAGCACCAGCCACUGCAGGAAAACGUGGAGUAACAGUUACUGAGGAAUCGAAGGACACAGUUUUUGAUAUAAUCACAGAUGAAGAGCUUGACCACGUGCUAAAUUCUACUUCUCUGUCAGAGGAUCAAAACUCAUUAGAACAGUAUACACCAGAUCUAAACAGCUCAUCAACCUCACUGGCUACAGAUGAUUCCGAAGACAUACAGAUUGCCCAGGACAAUGAAAUACACUUACUAACAACCGGAGAACUCAUGCUAAAAGUGCCUUUGACUGUGGAAGAAGUAAUGAAUUUUGGUGAGAGUAACAGAGAGCUCUUCAUAAAAUCUGGCACAUACAGUAUCAUUCCUAUUACAGUCACUCAGCCAGGUCUUACUAUAACUUGGAUUUUUUCUUCUGACACUAAAAGUAUUACAUUCAGUGUGGUUUAUCAAGAAACUGAAAGUGCUCCUUUGGAUCAGUGUAAGGUGCUAAUACCAAUGAUCCGUUGUAAUUCUCAUAAAGAGUCUAUCCAAGGAGAGCUAAAAGUUAGGAAUCCUGGCAUUUACUCCCUGAUAUUUGACAAUACAUUUUCAAGGUUUAUAUCAAAAAGAGUAUUUUAUCGUUUAGGUGUUGAACAACCAGUGGUCUACGAUGGAAGUGAUUUGCCUUAGAAGAAUUUAAGAAUUGUAUUUAUAUUAUAAUACUGCUUAAGGAAAACUGGCAUGAUAUAUUUAAAUUUUUGCACAUUUCCUAAAAUAUAUCUUCGCUAUUUAAAUAUUGAUGGUGUUGUAACUAUGCAAAAAAUGUUAACAAGAGGAAAAGUUAUGCAUUAUGUACGUUAUGUUUUCAAUAAUAAGACAAUGUUGAGCUGUUUAUCUUAAUUUUCUUUUAAAUCCAAGUUCGAUAUAUUUUACAUUUGCUAUGACUCAGUAUUUUAGUUUUAUUUUUUGUAGCUUUAAUAUCUGUACCAAUAGGGUAAAUAUCUGUACUUUAGGAAAGCACGCUGCCAAUAAGUGUUGCAUUUAAAAAAAAAAAAAAAAAAAAGUUUCUCUACUGGUAGUGAUAAAGACUACUGACAAUUUUAAGGGGUAAACAUGAAAAUAUGUAUUAAACAAGUAUAACUACAAAAAAAUGUGUCCAUCAAAAUGUAUUCCAUCCUGCUUGAUGACUGUCUGGACAAUUGUUUGAGAGCAACUAGGCACUUGAAAAUCUUUGACCAAUCCUUUUUCAGCAGAUUUUACACAAUCUUGGACUCCUUUUAAGAAUAGGGGAUAAAACAUUUUUUAGAUACAUAAAUGAGAAAAGGAAAGUAAAAUAAGGAUUAGUUAGACUAAAAACAAAAGAAGAAAGGUAUGUAGAAGAGGAUAAAGGCAUGGCUGUCUGAAUUAAUAUUUUAGUUCAGUAUUUACAAAUGAAAAUGAAGGAAAGGGACCUCAAUUAGUUGAGUUUGCAGAGGAAGAUGUUCUAUUUCAGCUGUUUAAAGUAAAGAGAAAUAAGUCUAUGGGACCUGAUGGGAUACACCCAGUUAUUAAAAGAACUUGGUGUAUUGGAAAAAACAUUAACCAUUUAUUUAACCAAUCAUGUUAAUAGAAGUAGUCCCAGAAGAUUGGAAAUUAGCGAAUGUUGUGCCAAUUCACAAGAAAGGAAGUAGGGAGGAGUCAGGCAACUAUAGGCCAGUAGGCCUUACUUCAGUAGUGUGGAAGGCAAUGGAAACAAUGUUAAAGAAUAGGAUUGUUGAACAUCUAAAAUCACAUGAUUUCAAGAUCAGAGACAGCAUGGGUUUACUUCAGUAAAAAAGAAAACUAAUCUUACUGACUUUUUGAUUGGGUAACUAAAAUAUUAAAUCAAAGUGGUGCAUUAGACAUUGCUUACCUAGAUUUCAGUAAGGCUAUCACACAUAUACUUAUCAAUAAACUGCAAUCUUUGAGUUUGGAUUCCAAUAUUGUUAAAUGGGUUAGGCAGUGGCUGAGUGACAGGCAACAGACCGUUGUAGUCAAUGGGCUAUAUUCAAAGCAAUGUCUUGUUACCAUUGGGGUACAUCAGGGAUCUGUACUUGGAUCCAUUCUCUUCAAUAUU